UCUGCCAAAACCUAAGGGAAAAUUAACUAAAACUUUCUUAAUCAGAUCAUUAAUCCGCCUAAUCCCUAUUUUUAUAUUUAAUCUUUUCCUCCUAAUUUUAAUAUUCUGACAAAAAAAUAAAAAUAAAAGAUGAAGAAAGGAAACAGGCAGUUGCCUUCUGAAUGCCUCGCCUGAAAACUUUGCCACAUCACACAUUAUUGUUGUUUUCAUUUCCGAUCUCCAAUCUCUGCUUUCUUCACUCUCUUGUAACUUUUCGGACAUUAAGUUGUUUGUCUAUGUGUGUGUCUGAUGUCUUCUUACAGCAAUUCAAACCCGGAGAACUACAGUUCAUCCAGCGGCGUGAACUCGCCGGAGCUCAAACUAUACCAAGCUUUCAUCUUCUCUGUCCCAAUCUGCUUCACUUUCAUCAUCCUCUUCGUAUUCUACGUCAUUUACCUCCGUCGUGGCAGCGCCGAUUUGUCUUCUCUCGGAAUGCGAACUACUUUCCUCCCCGGAAACUCCAUCUCCACGGCUGAGUUAGGGUUAAGCAAAGAGCUGAGAGAGAUGCUUCCCAUUGUCGUCUUUAAAGAGAGCUUCUUUGUAAUGGAUUCACAAUGUUCAGUGUGCCUUGGUGACUAUCAAGCAGAUGACAAGCUUCAACAGAUCCCGGCAUGUGGACAUACUUUUCACAUGGACUGCAUUGAUCUUUGGCUCACUUCACAUACCACUUGCCCUCUCUGCCGUCUCACUCUUAUCCCGACCCAAUCCCAUCAAAGCCAAGAAGAUGAUCCUCCUGUUCCCAGUCUUAGGACCCCUGAUGGAGGAGUAUCAAGUGACCCGGAACCUCAGCCAGACGACCACGGAAAUGAUGUCCAAGAGCAACAAUGUGAUCCAAGUGAGAAUGAUCGAGAUGCAGAGAGCUCUGAAGAAACGCAAGAAGAUGAACGAAACAUCAUCGGUACAUCAAGUGGUGGUGGUAACUGUAAACUUGGUUAAAGAUUUAGAGCUUGUGUUCAGUCCUUCAUGUAACUGUAAAGCUUGUAACUUGUAACAUUAGUGCGUUAGAGAGCUUGAUUCAUAAAAGAAGCAGACACUUUGGUCUU